UCCACAUGGAAAAUGUCCAUGGUGAAGGUCUAUCACAAUCAUCAUGAGCUUCCCCCAAGUACUCUCUACACACGAACGGGCUUUUGCCUCCAGUUGUUCAGCCCAAACACCUCAGUUCUGUGUUCGCUUCGAUCGCGAUUGGAUCGUUCCCAUUGAGCUUUCCCGCGCAAAUACUUCUUGCAAUCUUACAAAUGAAUCUUUACAUCGUGUAAUUCCCACCAAGUUUUCCUCGCUGAUACUUUCGUGCUAAAAUCUUCAAGUGCAAUUUUGAAUUGUGAGAAAAAAAAGUCUUCCUAUCUCAAUUGGUCCCUGGUUGAACCAUUUGGACAAAAAUGACAGGACACGAUAAUCCUACAUUCCAAGAUGACAACCUAUCCAUUCCAGGAGACUACAAAUCCACCUACUUCCCACAGAGACCAACAAAAUUUGAACCAGAAAAUUCACAAACAUGUGAAGAAUCUCAGUCUGGUUCUAUGCCACCGGAUAAAGGGGAUCAAGGGCCUAAGCGUGAGACAUGGGGCAAGGGUGUUGAGUUCCUAAUGUCCUGCAUUGCCAUGUCCGUAGGCCUAGGCAAUGUCUGGCGCUUUCCCUUCACGGCACUCGAUAAUGGUGGUGGUGCCUUCUUGAUACCCUACUUAAUAGUCCUAAUACUGGUCGGAAGGCCUAUCUACUAUAUGGAAAUGGCCUUAGGACAAUUCUCCAGUAGGGGUAGUGUCAAGGUCUAUGAUUUUGCUCCAGGAAUGAGAGGAACGGGAUAUGGCCAGAUUAUUGCAACAUUCUGGGUGAUGACUUACUAUUCUUCAGUCAUGGGUAUCACAGUUAGAUACUUGUACGAAUCCUUCAGCUCGACCCUUCCUUGGACAUGGUGUCGAGAUAAUUGGGAAAAUGUAACAUGCGUGGAUGCCGUUCUCAAAAAUACAUCCCAAUCCCUAUCCCAUGCCAAUUCAACAUCGAGAUCGUCAUCAGAUCUCUUUUACCACAAUGAAGUUCUGAAAGAAAAGAGCAGCAUUGAGGAUGGAAUAGGUUUACCAGAUCCCUAUCUAACCAUGUGCUUAGCAUUCUCAUGGCUCGUAGUAAUGCUGAUACUUAUUAAGGGAGUUAAGAGUUCUGGAAAAGCUGCGUACUUCUUAGCGCUUUUCCCUUACGUUGUACUUGGCAUACUUCUCAUCCGAUCUUCAACUCUGCCAGGUGCUAUGAACGGGAUUAUCUACUUUAUUAAACCGCAGUGGGAUCAGUUGCUAAAUCCUCAGGUUUGGUAUGCUGCCGUAACGCAGGUGUUCUUCUCUCUAUCCGUAUGCUUCGGUAACGUCAUCAUGUAUGCGUCCUUCAACAAGUUCGAUCAUAACAUCUAUCGAGAUGCCAAUAUCGUUACCACUCUCGAUACGUUCACAUCUCUCUUGGCGGGCUUUACGAUCUUUGGUAUUUUGGGUCACUUGGCCCAUGAGAUCGGAACUGAUGAUGUCUCCACUGUCGUGGUAUCCGGUGCUGGAUUGGCCUUCAUCUCCUACCCCGAUGCCAUUGCAAAGUUCGACUUCUUGCCCCAAAUGUUCUCAGUUCUGUUCUUCUUCAUGCUGUUUGUCCUGGGCAUUGGUAGCAAUGUCGCCAUGUCGUCAAACAUUUGCACUGUGAUAAGGGAUCAGUUUCCCAAGGUUAAGAACUGGCAAGUGUCUAUGGCUGUAUCAAUUAUCGGCCUGGCCUUGGGAUCGGUCUACGUAACACCUGGUGGUCAGUUCAUAUUGGAACUUGUGGACUACUUCGGAGCCUCCAAUAUUGUGUACGUUCUAGCCAUUGGAGAACUCAUUGCAUUGCACUAUGUCUACGGAAUGGGUCGAUUCUGUAGGGACAUUGAGUUUAUGAUCGGCAAACGACCUGGAAUGUACUGGAGACUAACAUGGGGCUUUAUAACGCCUCUUCUUCUGCUUACUAUCUUCAUCUAUACUCUGGCCAUCUAUUCCCCAUUAACAUAUCGUGGACAGAACUAUCCUGAUUCUGCCUAUGCCUGUGGCUGGACGUUAGCAGCCUUUGGAGUAUUUCAACUGCCGAUUUGGGCAGCUGUAGCUGUGAUAAGACAGAGCGGUAAGACGUGGAGGGAGAAGUUUGUGGGUGCCUUUAAGCCCCGACCCGAUUGGGGACCUGUAGUACCUUCCAUUGCGGAGAAAUAUAGGAAAUUCAGGGCAACUGAGGAUAGCAAGGCCCUAUUUGCGAAUGACGGUUUCAUACACAAGAUCAAGAGAACGUUGUUCGGUUGAUCAUCCAUUUUGCAGUAUCCUCACAAAAGUAUUUAUAAAAUUGUAUCCCAUUUUAUACAUUAGGUUUUAUUUCUAAGAAAUAAAUUUAUAAGAUCAUGAA